AUGGGUGGGUGAGAGGGAGGGAAUUGCUCGAGGGAGGGAAGCAAACCGCGGGAUCGGCGGCGGUAGCAGCAGCAUGGCCGCGCUCUACGGGGGUGUAGAGGGGGGAGGAACACGGUCCAAGGUCCUUUUACUCUCAGAGGAUGGGCAGAUCCUGGCAGAAGCAGAUGGACUCAGCACAAACCACUGGCUGAUCGGGACAGACAAGUGUGUGGAGAGGAUCAAUGAGAUGGUGAACAGGGCCAAAAGGAAAGCAGGGGUGGACCCUCUGGUACCUCUACGAAGCUUGGGCCUAUCUCUGAGUGGUGGGGACCAGGAGGAUGCCGUGAGGAUGCUGAUGGAGGAGCUGAGGGACCGAUUUCCCUACUUGAGUGAAAGCUACUUAAUCACCACCGAUGCCGCUGGCUCCAUCGCCACAGCUACGCCAGAUGGUGGGAUCGUACUCAUCUCUGGGACAGGCUCCAACUGCAGGCUCAUCAACCCCGAUGGUUCUGAGAGUGGCUGCGGCGGCUGGGGCCAUAUGAUGGGGGACGAGGGUUCAGCCUACUGGAUUGCACACCAAGCAGUGAAAAUAGUGUUUGACUCCAUCGACAACCUAGAGGCAGCUCCUCAUGACAUUGGCUACGUCAAGCAGGCCAUGUUCAACUAUUUCCAGGUGCCAGAUCGGCUAGGCAUCCUCACUCACCUGUAUAGGGACUUUGAUAAAUGCAGGUUUGCUGGGUUUUGCCGGAAAAUUGCAGAAGGUGCUCAGCAGGGAGAUCCCCUUUCCCGUUAUAUCUUCAGGAAGGCUGGGGAGAUGCUGGGCAGACACGUUGUAGCAGUAUUGCCUGAGAUUGACCCGGUCUUGUUCAAAGGAGAGAUUGGUCUCCCCAUCCUGUGUGUGGGCUCUGUGUGGAAGAGCUGGGAGCUGCUGAAGGAAGGUUUCCUAUUAGCGCUGACCCAGGGCAGAGAGAUCCAAGCUCAGAACUCCUUCUCGCUUCACCUUUUUUUUUAUUCCUCUGCCCUGGGCGGGGCCAGCCUAGGGGCGAGGCACAUCGGGCACCUCCUCCCCAUGGACUACAGUCUCAAUGCCAUUGCCUUCUACUCUUAUACCUUCUCCUAGGGGGCUGAUCCUGGCUCUACCCACUCCUAAGCCCAGUGGACGUUGCGUGCUGGGAAGGAGGAGGCCUUUACUUCUUUCCCUUUUCUUACAAAGAGGAAAAACAUAUACAAGAAAAUAAACGCACUUUACUCACUCCCCAA